ACUAAUUUAGCCGAAGAAGAAAAUCACUGCAUAAAUAUCUCAUGCUGUAAAAUAAUCAACCCAGAAGAGAAACGGGGCGGGGCGGAAAGUAGAAUCAACAGGAAGAUAACUUUCACGUAUCAAAUCUUCAACAACAACAGAUACCCACCUUCUCCUCUGCAAUUCAAACACCGACAAGGUGCGACAAUGGCAACUGGGGCAUGUGGAAUCCGCGCAUGCUGCUUGCAACUGCAACGGCACAGACCCUUCCUCGCGUCGUUCGCUAGUCGCAGGAGAUUCUGUGCCAACACCACUUGCUCUGUCUCUGUCAACGGUAAGAAAAAGAAUGAGAAGGAGAAGGUGAUUGUGAUAUCAGGGCCAACUGGGGCAGGCAAAAGCAGACUUGCAUUGGAACUGGCAAAGCGACUCAACGGUGAAAUCAUUAGUGCCGACUCUGUUCAGGUAUAUCGGAGUCUUGAUAUUGGAUCUGCAAAGCCUUCACUCAUUGAUAGAAAGGAAGUGCCACACCAUCUGGUUGACAUAUUGCAUCCAUCUGAAGAAUACUCGGUUGGGCAAUUUUGUGAGGAUGCAAGGCAAGUUACACAAGAUAUACUUAACCGUGGACAUGUUCCCAUAGUCACUGGGGGCACUGGAUUGUACUUGCGAUGGUUUAUAUAUGGAAAACCAGAUGUUCCUAAGUCUUCUCCAGAAAUUGCUUCUGAAGUACAUUCUGAACUUGAGAAUUUACAGAGGGAUGAUGACUGGGAUGCAGCUGUCCAGUUGGUGGUCAAGGCAGGUGAUCCAAAGGCUAACAUGUUGGCCGCGAAUGAUUGGUACCGCCUGCGACGCAGCCUUGAGAUAAUUAAAUCCAGUGGAUCUCCUCCAUCUGCUUUUCAUGUACCAUAUGAUUUGUUCAGAGAGAAAUCUGUGUCAAAUGGUAAAGAUGGCUUUGAAGAUAUCGACUCUUCUUCUGAUGUUCCUGAGCAAAUUGUGCCAAACAAUUUGGAUUAUGACUUCAUCUGUUUUUUCCUCUCAAGUCCUCGAAUAGAUCUCUAUAGAUCAAUUGAUUUGCGGUGUGAAGACAUGCUCUCAGGACGGGAUGGACUAUUGUCUGAAGCUAGUUGUCUUCUUGAUAUGGGCCUUCUACCAAAUUCAAAUUCUGCAACUCGAGCAAUUGGUUACAGACAGGCCAUGGAAUACCUUGUGAAGUGCAGGCAACAAGGGGGUUGCAGUUCUACAAGGGAAUUCUAUGCAUUUUUGUCUGAAUUUCAGAAGGCCUCUCGGAAUUUUGCAAAAAGGCAAAUGACAUGGUUCCGUAAUGAGCGUAUUUAUCACUGGCUAGAUGCUUCUAAAUCCCUAGAAAAGGUGCUUAAAUUCAUUUAUGAUGCAUACCAUGACCAGACCGGAACUCUAGUUAUCCCUGAUUCUUUAAAAAUGAACAAAGAUAUCACAAACCACCGAGAAGCUUCUGAACUGAAGGGUUAUCGCACCAGGAACCGGCAAUUUCUUAGUUGUGAAGACUGCUCUGAUAUCCUAGAUUGGAUAAGAGCGACUCAGGGAUCUGCAGAUGAACUUGUACACUCUUUGACUUGAAUUAUUAUAUGUAAUAUGGAUUUGGGCACCCGAUGAAAUGAGUUAUUAGCUUCCUCUUGAAGAUUCCAUUGUCUUCCAGUUUGAAGCCAGAUUUUUCAUGCACAGACCAGUGUUCAAAUUCGAAUCUCGGGCCUAUACGGUUGGAACAUGUAAAGUUCUUCAUUCUUGGAGUAUUUCGACGUCGCCAUUUGCUUUUGUAACCUUAGGAAGGACCAUUGAGCAAGAUUUUUGGACAUCUGCUUCAGUUUUGCAAUGAGAACUGUGAAGAAAAACUUUUAGGCCAUUUGAUAAAUUGUGAAGGCUGAAAAUAAUAAUAUAGUCCUUCAAAUAAUUUUAUAUGUUAUCGUAAA